CGGGAAUUAUAUAGUAGUAGGAUAGUAAGUAAAUCAGCGAGCCAUGUGGCAGAAAUCGUAAAUUAUGGUUUAGCGAUACCGUGGCAAUAAAUCUGAUGUCAUAUUAAUCAAGAAAGUGUACUUAAUUUAUAAAAAGUCUGUGAUAAUAUAGAGCAGAAUAUCUAAAUCAGUUAUUAACAUGACGAUUAAGAAUAUUUGUUGCCUUGGUGCGGGGUAUGUAGGAGGCCCAACCUGCAGUGUGAUAGCUUUAAAAUGUAAAGAUAUUAAAGUUACUGUUGCUGAUCUUAGCGAGGAACGAAUUGCGCAGUGGAACUCCGACAAACUUCCAAUUUAUGAGCCUGGAUUAGACAACGUAGUACAGCAAUGCAGAGGUACGAAUUUAUUCUUUACCACUAACAUUACUCAGGCAAUAUUAGAUGCUGAUUUAAUAUUUAUAUCAGUGAAUACACCAACAAAAUUGAACGGAAAUGGCAAGGGAAGGGCACCUGAUCUAAAAUACAUAGAGGGGGCAGCAAGAAUCAUAGCUGAUACUGCUCAAACUAACAAAAUAGUUGUAGAAAAAAGUACCGUUCCAGUACGAGCAGCUGAAAGUAUUUCAAAUAUCUUAACAGCUAAUAAAAAACCAAAAGUGACACAUCAGAUAUUAUCUAAUCCAGAAUUUCUAGCAGAAGGUACUGCGAUAAAUGAUCUGCUCAAUCCUGAUAGAGUUUUGAUUGGUGGGGAAAAUACUGAAGCUGGUAGGGAAGCAAUAGAAGCAUUAUGUUCGGUUUACAAAACGUGGAUACCCAAAGAAAAAAUUGUUACCAUGAAUACAUGGUCAUCUGAAUUAUCAAAACUUGCUGCCAAUGCUUUAUUGGCACAGAGAAUAUCGAGUAUAAAUUCCUUAUCUGCCAUAUGCGAACCAACCGGAGCGGAUGUAUCAGAAGUUGCUAGAGCUGUUGGGUUAGAUUCAAGGAUUGGUUCAAAAUUCCUACAGGCUUCAAUUGGUUUUGGUGGAAGCUGUUUUCAAAAAGAUAUCCUUAAUUUAGUAUAUAUUUGUGAAUGUUUUAAUCUACCAGAAGUUGCUGCUUAUUGGCAACAGGUAAUAGAUAUGAACGAAUACCAAAAGCGCCGGUUUACCAAGCAAAUUAUACAAUCUAAUUUUAAUACCUUGAGUGGAAAGAAAAUCUGCAUGCUUGGUUUUGCUUUUAAAAAAAAUACCGCUGAUACUAGAGAAAGCCCAGCCAUUUACGUAGGCAAAACUUUGUUAGACGAAGGAGCAUCACUACGAAUUUAUGACCCAAAGGUCUCCAACGAACAAAUUUUUAAAGAAUUAUGCAAACCGGAGAUUUGUGUCGACCCUGAAUUGUAUAAGAAAAAUAUUUCUGCGUAUGAUGAUCCAUAUGAGGCUGCGAAAGAGUGCCACGCGAUCAUUGUCUGUACGGAAUGGGAUGAAUUUAUCGAUUUAGACUACAAAAAAAUAUACUCUGAUAUGAUGAAGCCUGCAUAUGUCUUCGAUGGAAGGAAAAUACUUGAUCAUCAAGAAUUAAUUCAGAUUGGUUUUCAUGUUCGAACUAUUGGAAGAAGCUUUGCAGAUAAAUUUAUUUUGAAUUAAGCUGUAGACUUAUAAUGUCAAUCAUUUAUUUUAUUAGUAGAUUUUUAUCAUAAUCCCAUUUUGUUAUCCCAUUCGUUCUUAAAGCUGUGUACUUAAUUAGAUAAUUGUGAUGUCACAGUUUGAUUAGUAUUGUAAUAUUGUAAUUUUUGUAUUUUAGAAAAUAAAUAAAAUAUGCUGCAUUAGUGAUGUCUCAUGACUCUCUUAGUAUAUUUUGUGAAUAUACAUAUCGCCUAAUUAUGGUGGCAAUAAACUAUUU